AAAAAGUUAUACGGAAGCAAGACAGCACUAUGAAAAUGACUCCAAUCAAGAGGUAAUGCAAGAUGAGAAGGUCUAUGCUGUAGAUAUGCAGAAAGUCUUACUCUUGCCCAAAAUGUCAACCAAGGAAUCUUUUUUUGUUUCAAGGUUGGUCGUAUUCAAUGAGACGUUUGCGUCACUUCAUAAGGACGGAAAUAUUUGCGUGAUGUGGCAUGAGGCUAUAAGAGGCAGGUCCGCGACGGAUGUUGCAUCGGCAUACUACAACGUAAUAAAAAAUUCAGACAAUGUUACCAAAAAAUUUACAUUCUGGGUAGACAACUGUUCUGCUCAGAACAAGAAUUGGACACUAUAUUCUGCUUUUGCGACUUUUGUAAAUUGAGAAUGGGG